UCUCUCCGCGUGAGUGAGUGUGAGCAGAGGGACGGAGGUGCGAGAUUCACUGUCCCGUUCAACAUCAGUGACCCGUCAGGAAAAGUUACCGGUGGAGACAGAGUCAGCGCUGGUUAUCAUAUUUAAUAAAGCACGACAAGAAUGGAGAUCGAGAAGGAAGUUAAAAAGAUAACUCUUGGCCAUGAGAUUGGAGCUGGAGCUGCCUGUCUGAAAUGCAAGGACAAGUGCGAAGGUUUCGAGCUUCACUUCUGGCGAAAGAUUUGCCGAAACUGCAAGUGUGGUGUUGAGGACCAUGACGUGCAGCUGGAGACUGAAGAGAGCAAGAAAGUUGGGAAGCUUUUUGAGGACACCAAGUACACGGGACUCAUAGCCAAGCUGAAGAGAGAUGGCAUUCCUUCUUAUAGAAGCAACCAGUUCACCGUCUCCGUCCCAGCGGCUUCCCUCAGCAGUGCUACUGCUGUUCCUGCUGGGGUUUUCAUCCCAGGCUCCAACCAGACCUUCAGCUCCAUCACUCCACCUGGUCAUGCCCCGUCUGCUGCUGCUGCAGGUACAGGGGGUGCUAGUAACCCUCCUGGUGCUCCAGGCAUUGCUCCCACUGCUGUCCCAGGAGCAGGUCGCACUGCUGGGUCUGCAGGGUCAGGUUAUGGUGGUGGGGUUUCCUCUGGUGCUGUACCAGGUAAAGGUCUCAGUGCUGCCACUAUUGCAGUACCAGCUCCCACUGCAGUGCCUGCUAAGACAGACGUGGUCAAGUCUGUUACCUAUGAAUGGGCUCCACCUGGGAUUAACCAAAGUUUGGCUCUGCGGUACAUGGAGCUUCUUCCUCCAGAGCAGCGGCCCAUCGCUGGUACAACAGGAGCAGAUUACCGUAAGAAGCAGAUGGCCAAACAGCUUCCAGACCAUGACCAAGACCCCGAGCGCUGCCAUGAGCUUUCACCCGGAGAGAUCAAGCAAAUGCAGCAGUAUGUGCGAAAAUACAAGGACGAGGCGCUGGGUAUAGGUGACAUCACCCUGCCUGAAGAGAUGGGGCAGGUGGGUGCAGCUGGAGAUAAAGGGCCUCAAGGAGUUGGUGCCGGAGGAAAGCCUGGUGCCGGUACAACAGGGGCUUCAGGAGACAAAGGUGAUGCUGUUGCUACAGUGGGGAAAGUUGGUGCCCCAGGGGCUGCUGGGACAUCAGCCGGUGGACCUGCUGGUAACUUUUCCUGCCACCAGUGCCAGAAGCCCAUGAAGAAGGGUGAGCCUGCUGUGUUUGCAGAGAGGGCCGGUUAUGAUAAACUCUGGCACCCAGCAUGUUUCGUGUGCUGCACCUGCACUGAGCUUCUGGUGGACAUGAUCUAUUUCUGGAAAAAGGGUCAGCUUUACUGUGGCCGUCAUUAUGGAGACAGUGAAAAACCAAGAUGUGGAGGCUGUGAUGAGCUCAUCUUCAGUAAUGAAUACACUCAAGCCGAGGGCCAGAAUUGGCACCUGAAGCACUUCUGCUGUUUUGACUGUGACUGUGUGUUGGCUGGAGAGACCUACGUCAUGGAGAAGGAGAAGCCUGUUUGCAAACCCUGCUACAUGAAGAACCAUGCUGUGUGUUGUGUGGCCUGUCAGAAGCCCAUCGAGCCUGAAUCUCAGCGUGUGUCGUAUGGAGAGCAUCACUGGCACGCAGAGCCGCAGUGUUUCCAGUGCGCCGGCUGCUCCAAGUGCCUGAUGGGUCAGAGAUUCAUGGCUCUGCAAGGGAAGCUGAUCUGCUCCGUUGAGUGCAAGAAGAAGAUCUCAGCCUCCUGAAGUCUACUUUUUUUGGGAAAGUCCACCUCAAGCCAGUAUCUAAUGCAGUCAAUACUGCUAACUUUUUAUCAAGUAAUUAAUGAAUUAGUUUGACCAAUAUACAUUUUCAUGUUAUUCCAAGUAAUCAUUCAUGAUCUAUAGUGUUAGCAUCUUUAAUAAUAAUAAUAAUUUUGUAUUAAUAAAAGGAAGCAAUAGUAUUUAUUUGGGCUACUGAAAAAAACAAUAUUACAUUUUCCAUUUUUAGGUCUAAAAUUGCACUUUAUAGUUGUUUUCGUGCCUGUCAUUUUGUAAUCCAAUAAAUGUUUUGCAGUAA